CCCUCAAAUUACAAGUUUAAAAGACAGCUAGGGUAACAAGAUAACGUUAAUGCACUUGGUCACAGUUGGCCACAGUUGGUCUUCAACAUGGGAUUUUUACCUUUUCUCUCCACCGAGAGCUGGACCUUGAUUUGUAUUUGCAUUGCCCUCCUCGCGCUGUAUGGAUAUGCCCCCUAUGGAUUCUUUAAGAAGCUAGGCAUCCGUGGACCCAAACCAUGGCCCUUUAUCGGUACAUUUUUGGAGUACAGAAGGGGUGUACACGUCUUUGACAUGGAAUGCUUCCAGAAGUAUGGCAAGAUAUGGGGAUUCUACGACGGUCGGCAGCCUGUGAUGGGUGUGAUGGACACGGCUAUGAUCAAAACCAUCCUGGUGAAGGAGUGCUACUCUACGUUCACCAACAGACGAGACUUUGGCUUGAACGGCCCCAUGCAGGAUGCAGUGUCAGUCCUCGAGGAUGAGGCAUGGAAAAGAGUCCGUAGUGCUCUGUCUCCAUCGUUUACCAGCGGGCGUCUGAAAGAGAUGUAUCCAAUUAUGCUAAAGUACUCAAAUAAUGUGGUGGAGAAUCUUCGUAAGAAAGUUGCUGCUGAUGAGGUCAUCGAUGUGCAGGAAAUAUUUGGACCGUACAGUAUGGAUGUGGUCACCAGCACUGCCUUCAGUGUUGAUAUUGAUUCAUUAAAUCAACCCUCUGAUCCGUUUGUGGCUAAUAUCAAGAAGAUGAUGAACUUCAGCUUUCUAAGCCCACUGCUUUUGAUUUCAGUCCUGUUCCCUUUCAUGGGACCAGUGUUUGAUAAGCUGAACCUGUCGUUUUUUCCGGCUGAUGUCCUCAAAUUUUUCUACAGCUCUUUGAAAAAAAUCAAAGAUGAUCGGACGAAGAAUACACACAAUGACAAACAGAAUCGAGUGGACUUCAUGCAGUUAAUGGUGGAUUCCCAGACGACUGAGAAUAUCAACGAAGACGGGACCCCAGAGAAAGGCCUCAAUGACCACGAAAUUCUAUCCCAAGCCAUGAUCUUCAUCUUCGCUGGCUACCUGACCAGCAGCAACACCCUAUGCUUUCUAGCCCACAACCUGGCAACCAACCCUGACGUCCAAGCAGCCUUGCAAAAGGAGAUAGAUGAAACCUUUGAAAACAAGAGCAGGCCAACGUAUGAACCGCUGAUGCAGAUGGAGUACCUUGAUAUGGCAUUCAAUGAGUCACAGCGGCUCUUCCCUCUCGGCAAUCGAUUGGAAAGGAUUGCAAAGGCCUCUGUGGAGAUAAACGGUGUCGUAAUCCCAAAAGGAACUGCCAUCGUGGUCCCUGUGUAUGUCCUUCACCGGGAUCCAGCUCUGUGGCCAGAGCCUGAGGCCUUCAGGCCUGAAAGAUUUAGCAAAGUAAACAGAGAAACCAUGGAUCCUUACUCCUUUCUUCCAUUUGGAGCUGGGCCAAGGAAUUGUGUGGGCAUGCGGUUUGCUCUCUUGAUGAUGAAGUUGUGCAUGGUGGAGAUUCUACAGAACUUCAGCUUUGUCACCUGCAAGGAGACUGAUAUUCCUGUUGAGAUAGGGACGGAUGGCAUCCCCGGACCCAAGAAUCCAGUCAAACUGAAGCUUGUUCCUAGAGAAUAUUAAGUGGCUCAUUUUGUUUUAAAAUAUCUUUGCAUCAUUUAAAAAUCAAUAAAAAAGAAGGAUCAUAUAAUUGUCAUGAAUGCGGCAAAAGCAAUCAUCUUUGCACAAUAAAAGAUACAAUUACCUUGGA